UUCAACAUGGCGGAUGAUGGCUUCGACCGAUGAAUGUAGAUUUUAUUCAGAAGAAAAUCCUAAAUAAAUAAAAAAUGGAUCAUGUGGUUACAAACCUGUUCAGAUAAUGGAUACAGAGAGACUAUGAAGGGCCCGUCUGAUCCAUAAACUUAAAGAUAUGAACAUGGAUCUACCAGUGAGUGAUAAAGAGAAACUGGAGUUUUGUUGAUCUGUAUAGGAAGGAGCUGGUGAUAUAAUCGUGUCACUUCUCAUGUGACUUGGUCCAGUGUAUAACCCCCGGUUUUACAUUAUGGGUGUUCAGACUAACACAUGACAUGUAGGGAAACAACUGGAAACCUGAUCGGCUGUCGUUACAGCGUAUAACUGUUAUGAUUUGGAACAGUAUUUAAUGGUACAUUUGAUUAAUAAAUUUGUCAGUAUUCAUCACACAAAAAUCGUAACUACCUAAUGUAUCGCGAUGGGGUGAUCUGUGUUUGGUGGUGCUGGGAUAUAGUGCACCAAAUGACCUACAUGAAAGUUAUGGGAUCCAGCCAGGACACAUUUGUGACCUUUGACCUUCAGUGCAAUGAUCAAAGAUUACAACAUGUCUAUUUGUAAUUAAUUGUGCAAAGAAAAUCAUAAGAUUUGACAGCGGUGUGUAUUGUGCAUUGACCAAUCACAGCCCAGAAUGGCCAAGAAAGGUGAGGAUCGAACAUUCAACAUCAGUGUAAUAGGACUGUCAGGCACAGAAAGAGACAAAGGUCCUGUCGGAGUAGGCAAGUCAUGCCUCUGUAACCGGUUCAUCUCGUACGUAGCUGACAAAUACUUCUCGGACCACAUCUCUGUGCUGAGCCAGAGUGACUUUGCUGGACGUGUCAUCAACAAUGACCACUUCCUCUACUGGGGAGAGGUCACCAAGACUGACGAUGGCAACAACUUCGUUUUUCAUGUCAUAGAGCAAAGCGAGUUCAUUGACGAUGUAUCGUUCCAGCCAUUCAAGACAGGUCGGACUGACCCCUACUACAAACGUUGUGUAGCCACAAAAGUUCAGUCUGCAGAGAAGCUCAUGUAUAUAUGUAAAGACCAGCUAGGUAUGGAAACGGACAGCGCUUAUGAACAGAAACUAAUGCCGGAGGGUAAACUAAAUAUUGAUGGUUUUAUAUGUUGUUUCGAUGUAAGUCAAGUUCAACAACGGUCUCUGGAACAACAAGUGGAGUUUGUUACGUUGUUAUUAAAUGGUGCAAUAAAAACUAAGAAACCUGUUGUGAUGGUGACGACAAAAACGGAUGAGGCAAACGAUCGUUAUGUGAAGGAAGUGGAACGCCUCUUGUCGAAGCGGGAGUACAAGAAUAAUAUUCCCCUUGUGGGGACGUCGGCGCACGAAAACGUCAAUGUAGAGCAGGCUUUUUUGACACUGGCUCACAUGAUUGACAAAACUAAAACAAGACCAAAAAUUGUUCAAUUCACUGAAGCUGUUCGACAGCGGAAGGAAUUACUUGAUGUGGCAACAGAGGCUUACCGGAGUCUGUUGCGCAACAAUGUGAUUGACCCCAAGGCUGUAUGGGCACCCUCACGCAAAAAGUUGGAAAAGGAGUCUGACUUUUUACAUUAUAUUGAGCAUUUUGGAACGGACUCUGCUCGUAAACUGUUCCGACUACACAUCAAGCACCUGUGUGAUGAACAAAUACGCAGGCGGGAGAGUCAUUAUCUCCAAAAGCUACCGGAUGUCCUCCAACACUUCUUCCCAGACCUCAACACCAUCACAGAAAGCUGGACGACAUGUCAACGGUAUAUCCUACAACACCCAGACUUUGAUCAGUAUUUUGUGGAGGUGUGUUAUGAAAAUGACAGCUGGAAAACAACUCCUCAUUUUGUCGACAACUACCAGGAGAUACGCAUCCCAUAUGAUCUCCUAUCCUCCUGUGAUGCUGAGACGUGCUUCCGCAACCACUUUAAUGCCCUGCAAGCCCAACACAGGAAGCUUCAAUUAAAGAGACAGUUUAAAAAGCUGUUGGAGGACACUCCAGAGGUGUCGCCAGGCAAGUCAUUGGAAGAGACAUACAUUUCGUUUGUGGGCAAGGACUGUUACAUUGAUCUCAAACAGUACGAACGUGAACAGGUGUUUGAAGCACACCAGAAUGACCUCAAAACGGCUGCCCGUCACGAUUUUCAGGAACUGCUUUGGGAGAAACUGGAGAUAUUCAUCCACAUGUCCAACACACCCAAUACAAUCACGCAGGAGGACAUUCGAACCAUAACCAAAUUUAUUGAGGAUGACCCUCGGUACCGUGUAAUGGACCGACUGGAGGAGGAGAGAAAGGUUAUCCUGUUCAAUCUGCUUGGCUUCAUGGAAUGUCCGUCACGUGACAGGUGCUACUUCCAACAAAAAUGUGCAGAAGUAGAGUUACAGAACAUCUUUGAGGGCCGCAUUUUCAGGUCUGAGCCGCUCUCAAUAUCUGAAGGUGAGGGCUCUUUGAAGCCUCUCAAUCUGGUGCUGCUAGGCAAGGCUGGCCUGGCUGAGGAAUUAUGUAAAGAAAUCCGGAAUAUGUGCAAUCAAGAUAUGUUUCCUUAUCGAAGUGCUGUGUAUAGUUUAGAUUACAGACCAAUAGAGGAAGAUGUUAGUUUAGAAUAUAACUCUUUUGCUACUGCAAAUUUUAAACCACAUGGGUGUCUGUGUGUGUACAAUUCACGAGAAUCGCUGGAGUAUGUGCGCUCUAGUCUGGAGACAACAUUACUGGCAGAUCUGCAGCGGGAGGAGGACCAGACGUUACACGGUGUGCCAAUCAUCAUCCUUCAUGCCUUCAAUCCUGAAUGUACGGAGAAGGAACACAUCAUUCUGUCUCACAAGGGACAGGAGCUGGCACGCAGUUUGCGGUGCGAGUUUAAAGACAUUCCAGUGGAGGAUGACCUGGAAGAUCACGGUUUGAGGUUCUCACCUGUACAGAUAGAGGAGUCGCUGAUAAUGGUGGUUCGUGGAUCUGGCCAGGCUAGCUCAUCACGGCCAUGCUCUGAGGACCUAGAACCGGAUCUACGGAUAGGGAUGUGUCUUAUGUGUGGCGACCCUUUUGACUGCGAGAUCCCUCUUGGGCCCCUGCUCAACAGUAACCCCACCCAAAUUGACAUUGAUCCAACGAGCUCCAUGUACAGCAUCACCAUGGAAACGAAUGUUGACAACAGUCCAGAUUUUUCCAAACAGAAAAUUGAGAUCUGUAUUUCUUCUUACCACAAUUUUGUGUCCAAAAUGUUCAAGGAUGACGAGGACUACCACAUGUUCCAUGGAUUCAUACUUGUGUUCUCCACCAAAAGGAAGGCCUCUUAUGCAACCAUGAAGGCGUUUGCUGAAAGUUUGCGAAACCAGAUGCAGGUGCUGCCAAUCCUGAUCCUAGCAGUCACAGACAGUGGGGGGUCAGCUAUCUUCUUCAAGGAUGAGCUCAGUCAAAUCCUCAUUUCUGAAGGCAACCAGCUGGCCGACUUUCUUGGUGGGGAAUUCAAAAUGACUACUGCCAAUUUCCAACAGCAGACUCCCAUCUACAUCCCGUUUUUUAAGGAGGCGUGGUACAAGCGUGAAGUCGUGUCAGAGUCUUACUACAGUGUACCCAGCAGUCCUCCUGCAUACGGCCAAGCCUGCCAUUCCAUCGACCCUAAACGCCCCCCGGCCCCUCUGCCCCGCCCAUUUGACAUCUAUCCCACUGCCAAAAGCAGUACUAGUAAUAGCCAAAGUACAGAAGAGUCUGAACCUAUAUAUGACCAGCCUAAUAACCUACGUGGUGGUCCGACGUCCGACAGUGAACAGGAGCGCCCAUCCUCAGCUUCCCCACCCCCGCGCACAGACAGCCCAACCUGUCCACCUCCUUACCAACAUGAUCUGAAGAAUGGCGAGCGAUUAGUUCGUCCCAGUAUGAUCCGUAAGCGGCAAGGAGACCAUGCAGACGCUCAAAAGGAAAUCUAUCGCAAAUCCUGUCCUGUUCUGGAACGUGAACUCAAACUCACCAGCACUAUGAGUCUGGAACAGGCCGAUAGUGACAGAGAGCCUCACUAUCAGUUCAGGAAGUCAUACAGUAUGAAACUUGCAGUGAAGGAAGAAGAUGAAGCCUGGGCCAUUAAUGAACCGCGGCGACCACAGAAGAAGGCGAGCACAUUCCCCUCUGAUGCGAAAUUAAUCAAUCCAGACAACGGUCGUCUCGAUGAUGACUCACGGAGAAGUUCAGAUGAAGCAAUCUGGAGGGAUAAUGAACUAUAUCACUCACGAAAUCCACAGUUUGGUGCAGGAAGAAAGCCGUCCAAGAGUGCUAUACAGGCUCCUCUGGCCCUGCCAGAACACAUAGAGAUCUCUUCUGACUACGCUACCGUCAAGGAUGUGGUGAGUUCGCCGACACCAGAGUCUGACUAUGCCUCGGUGAAUGAUGCUCUCCCUGAUGGUAUGCUCCAGAGGGUGCGCUCACAACAGGGCAAAAGUCAUUACAGGGACCUAGGGUACGGAGAGAGGGAGUACGCCACUUUGCCGCGGGAUCGUUUUGGUGGGAUGAUGGCUACAAGUAUGGACAGUGCCGACCUUGACCUCAAUGACAGUGGCAGCUGGGCCUCCAAGAUGAAAACCUCGAAAAAACAACGCAAGGAACAACAGAAAAUCAAGGAAGAUGAAAAACGGCGGAAAAAGGAGGAGGAGAGGAAGCAGAAGGAACAGCAGAAGAUGCAAAAGAAGAACAAGAAAAAAGACAGUCGGGGUGCGGGAAUAUCCGAAAGUGGAUGUAGACUGCAGGGAUUCCCUAUGUCCCCGACCAACCCCUCCCUCCCGCAGUUUGUGGAGACCUGUGUGGAAUAUAUUGAUGCUGAAGGAAUGCACACAGAAGGAAUAUACCGUAUACCUGGCAAUAAACAAAAUGUAGAUCUGCUCAACUCCAAACUUCAGGAAGAUCCUAUUCAAGAUAUAAAAAUCCUGGAGAUACAGGUCAAUGCUGUAGCAACAGUAUUGAAAAACUUCUUCAAUGAGACAGAGCCAUUGAUUCCUUCAUACCUUCAUGAUGAGCUUCUGGAGGCUGCAGCAGAGAAAUAUGAGGACGACCCACAAGAAGAAAUGCCAACAGGAAGACUUCUAGCCCUGAGAGGAGUCCUGAAAAAACUGCACCCAGUCAACUUUGAAGUGUUGAAGUACUUCAUUACACACCUCAACAGAGUAAGCCAACAUAGGGAGACACACAACAUGGACACAAGAAAUCUGGCUCUGUGUUUAUGGCCCACAAUUCUUCGUAUAGACUUCAUGUCAUAUGACAAAAUGGCGACAGGCACCAAACUGCCAGCGGAGAUUAUACAGACAAUGAUAGAACAAUGUGGAUUCUUCUUCCAUGGUGAGGAUGAAGUCUGACAGAGGAGACAUUGCUACUUUAAUUUACACAGGAAGUGAGACUUUUUUGACGGGGAAGUAAUCAGUAUUUUUGUGUAACAUCAGCAAAAGAAGAAGGGAGAAGUCAGUGUUUCACCUGACAGGGACAUUUCAAGAGGCAGAGUGACAGUGUAUUUGUGUUAAACACAAUUGAAAGCGUUUACUAAUAUGUAUGUUGGCCAGUGUAAAAAGUCACAAAUCAUUUGGUGGAAACUACAGCCAAGGGGAGAUAAGCUAGUCAGGUUGUUUAUGAGACUACUUGUUUGUUUAUGAUUAUGAAGUGUGUGACAGGUUCGUUUAGAUACUGACCAAUUUGUAAUCAGCUUGUGGUCAAGUAAUCGGUCAAGGUGUGAUGCAGGUCCUCUGACAGUGGUCAAUGCAGCUAUUGUCAAAAAUCCAUUCCAAUCUACAUCAAACUGGGUAUGGAUAAAUUAGCUUAACUACCCUUGACUAUCAUGUAAACAGACAACCAUUACAUGCACUGCAUGUGACCAACUGGUAGACUGACAGAGGACAAAUAUUGCUACCUUUGACUGUUAAAUCUACUGACUCAGAUUGGAAGUUUAGUGAUUUCAUCCUUUUAACUUAUCAAUUUGUGGAAAAAAAGGUUGCAUACUAAAUUUCGAUAAUAUUUAAGGAAUGUAUGCAGCUAGAUGUGUGUUUCUGUGUAUGCAGCUAGAUGUGUGUUUCUGUGUGUGCAGCUAGAUGUGUGUUUCUGUGAACGUCCUAUAGCACUCCGCUGCAAUGUUAUGUAACCUGUCGCAAAACCAUGCCAAUUUUAAUUGUAAGAAUUAAAUAUACAUAAUUAUUAAUCAACUUGCUUUGAAAAUUACACAAUAUUUGCCGUAAUGUUUAAUAUUCUGUUUUUAUUUAACUAUUGUCAAGGGGAGCAACUCUUGCAGGAUGUGAAGUUUGAACUAUUUAUAGAUAUAAUGUAUUGUAAUGCAAUGGUUUUUUUUAAUUGACUGCACUUAACUGACCAUGGAACAAAAUCUGACACCAAAGAUCGCUAAUUUACAAUAGCUUGCUAUUCACACAAAUGUAAUCCAAACCCAAAGGAAAGAGUCAUAUGAUGUUCAUAUUUAUUUUGUACGUGUUCAAAAUCAGUGAUUGUGAAUUCAGAACUGCCUCUGUAUAUUGACAUGCUUUUAAUUGUGACCAAAACAUAGAGUUUGCUCGUAGACUAGGAACAUAAGUAGUUAUUAUGGAAUAAUAAAUUACAUCCGAGGGAUAUCUGAUUGUUGCAAUAUUUGCAUACAAAGUAUUUCAGGCUCUUCCGAUAAAGGAUCACAUUUAAAAUUUAUGUCAACAAGCUUUCAUUUGACCACUGGAAUCUCUGAAGGGUGUUGAUUACUAAAUACAUAAUGGUUAAGUCUACAAAUGUUGUUUUGGCUAUAGAACAUAUAAUGUUCAAUGUCAACAUGUGUUGAUCUCUUCAGAAGGUAAUAUUUAUGUCAACAGACCGUGUAUUCAGGCUUACUCUAUCUUUUGCCUGCUGAAGCUUGGUAAAAUAUCAAAAUUAAAUCACUAUUUCAAGUUGCAUAAGUAAUAUAGAGGGAGUUGGAAUGUACAAAAUCUGCAACCAAAUCAAUCAUCACUAUGGUGUCCAGUAUUCUACUGCCUGGUCAAGCGGUCAAGUGGAUCAGGGCGCCUGGCAGCUAGUCAUUUUUAAUGUUAAUGUAGUGUGUACCUGACCACUGGAAAUUCUUGGCCUGUUUGAUAUAUGUGGUAUGUGUAUGGCCAGGGAGCCAUUUUAUAGAUAUCUAAACUGACAACAGCAUCAUGUGUUCUGUCACAUGAUCAAGUUACGACACCGUGUGGUCUAUCACAUGAUCAAGUUACGACACCAUGUGGUCUGUCACAUGAUCAAGUUACGACACCAUGUGGUCUAUCAAAUGGUCUCGUUAAAGCAUCACUUUGACCGUCACAUGAUCAAGUUACGACACCAUGUGGUCUGUCACAUGAUCAAGUUACGACACCAUGUGGUCUGUCACAUUAUCAAGUUACGACACCAUGUGGUCUGUUACAUGAUCAAGUUACGACACCGUGUGGUCUGUCACAUGAUCAAGUUACGACACGGUGUGGUCUAUCAAAUGGUCUCGUUUAAGCAUCCCUUUGACUGUCACAUAAUCCAUUUACAGCACUAUGGGGUCUGUCACAUGAUCAAGUUACGACACCGGGCGGGCUAUCAAAUGGUCUCGUUUAAGUAUCACUUUGACUGUCACAUAAUCCAUUUACAGCACCAUGUGGUCUGUCACAUUAAGAUACAGCACCUUAUGGUCUAUCAAUUCAAAUGGCCAUGUGAUCUAGUUACAGCAUCAUGUGGUCUGUCACAUGAUCUAGUUACAGCACCCUAUGGUCUGCCAUGUGAUCAAGUUACGGUACCAUGUGGUCUAUCAUAAGAUCAAGUUACGGCACCAUGUGGUCCAUCAGAUAAUCAAGUUUGAAUAUCAUUUGAUAAAGCUGAAGUACAAUGCGAUCUGUCUAUUUUUGGGACAACAUUGUAUGUUCUGUUGAUGAUUUGGAAUACAGCACCAUGUAGUCUAAGUAAUCGGUAGCGGCCUAUUUUACCUACAGUUACAGUGUCAUGUGUUCAGUCUGAUCAGGCCUACAAUAUUGUGUGGUAUUGGGCUGGUGGGAUCACAUGGUCUCUCUCUGUCAUGUGGUCAGUCUGAUCAGGCCUACAAAAUUGUGUGGUAUUGGGCUGGUGGGAUCACAUGGUCUGUCUCUGUCAUGUUGUCAGUCUGAUCAGGCCGACAAUAUUGUGUGGUAUUGGGCUGGUGGGAUCACAUGGUCUGUCUCUGAUUGAGUCGGCAUUGUCAGAUGGUCUGUCCGAUCACUCAGAAUUAUGUUGUCUUAUUAUAACAGGCCCUAUAUGUAGUCUGUCUGUUAUCAAAACAACCCGAUGUGGUUUUUAUCAAUGAUUCAGGCGACAGUGUCUGUAAGAGGGACAUUGAUGAGGCCAAAGGGUUACAAGUACUCUUUUAAGGUUAACUGUAAAUGUUUGUAAACUUAUUAAUGCUGAGCCUACUAGGAAAAUUAUUGAAUUGCUUAAAUAUUCUUGCAUAAUAUAUAUAAAUUUAUAUAUAUAUAUAUAAAUACAAUAUGAUAAAAUUUCAGAUUGUUAGUUAAUGUAAGUUGUGUUAUUAUAAUUGUACAUUAAGUAAAAUAGUGUAUGAUCCAUAUUUUAUAUGUUUGACCUUAAUUUUACGCUUGUAUGGUGCGUAUAUUGUUGGUCAGAUGAUGUUGUUUAUUAGAUGUGUAUGGUCUGUAUCAUGUAUCUGUGGUUUGCUCUGAUGUACUUAUAUAGACCAUGGGCCAUAUAUAUAAAAACUUGGUCAGAAUGUAUAUGGGGUGUGCAUGUUAAACCUUUCUCUGGGCCAUUUUAUCUGUAUAUGGAUCAUGGACCAUAUGAUGGUUACCAGAUACGUGUAUAUUGGUAGUAUGAUAUACAUGUUGUGACUGCAGCGAAUGUUGAGGAGUACAAGUGUUUUACUGUGAUGAUGUGAGGCAAAGGUGUGCAGAGCUGUGUUGUGUUAGGGAGAGAGGUUGUAGAGAGUUGUACAGUGUCGGGGAGAGAGGUUGUACUGAGUAAGGGAGAGAGGUUGUAGAGAGCUGUGUUGUGUUGGGGAAAGAGGUAUAUAGACAGUUGUACUGUGUUAGGGAGGGAAGUUAUAGAUGGUUGUGCUGUGUAUGGGAAAGGGAUGGUACAAUAUUGUACUGAGAAAGGGGAAAAGGUUAUACAGAGUUGUGCUGUGUUAGGAAAAGAGGUUGUACAGAGUUGUGUUGUGUUAGGAAAAGAGGUUGUACAGAGUUGUGUUGUGUUUGGGAGAGAGGUUGCACUGAGUAAGGGAGAAAGAUUGAACAGAGUUGUACUGUGUUAGGGAGAGAGGUUGUACAGAGUAAUGUAGAGAGGUUGUACAGAGUAAUGUAGAGAGGUUGUACAUAGUUGUACAAUGUAAGGGAGAGAGGUUGUACAAUGUUGUACUAUGUAAGGGAGAGAGGUUGUACUGAGUAAGAGAAAGAGGUUGUACUGAGUAAGGGAGAGAGGUUGUACUGAGUAAGGGAGAGAGGUUGUACUGAGUAAGGGAGAGAGGUUGUACUGAGUAAGGGAGAGAGGUUGUACUGAGUAAGGGAGAGAGGUUGUACUGAGUAAGGGAGAGAGGUUGUACUGAGUAAGGGAGAGAGGUUGUACUGAGUAAGGGAGAGAGGUUGUACUGAGUAAGGGAGAGAGGUUGUACUGAGUAAGGGAGAGAGGUUGUACUGAGUAAGGGAGAGAGGUUGUACUGAGUAAGGGAGAGAGGUUGUACUGAGUAAGGGUGAGAGGUUGUACUGAGUAAGGGAGAGAGGUUGUACUGAGUAAGGGAGAGAGGUUGUACUGAGUAAGGGAGAGAGGUUGUACUGAGUAAGGGGGAGAGGUUGUACUGAGUAAGGGGGAGAGGUUGUACUGAGUAAGGGUGAGAGGGUGUACUGUGUAAGGGAGAGAGGGUGUACUGAGUAAGGGGGAGAGGUUGUAAAAUAUUGUACUAUAUAAGGGAGAGAGGUUGUACAGAGUUGUGCUGUACUGUGCUUUUUGUUGUGUAAGGGUAACAGGUUGUUGUUGUUUUACUGUGCUGUUUUGUGUAAAGGCGAUACUUUCUAUAGAGUUGUGCUGUAUUGUGCUGGUUUGAGGAGAUAGGUUGUGCUGCACUGUUAUGAUGAGGGAGAUAAGAGUUUAUGUUAUACUGAUUUCAAUGAGAUUUGGUGCCAUACCAUUUUAUGUGAGGGAGUAGAUACUAAGUUUGUUAUGUACUGUUUUUGAUGUGAACAUUUGUACUGCACCAUGUUGAUGCAAAAGAGCUGUACAGAUUGCUUCACCGCGUAUGAUAGUUAUGUUGAUAGCUGUGUGGUUUUCGGCCUUUAAAGCCCUGUUUCCAGUGUGUGGUCUUUAUUUUUUUGUAAUCCAAGUGCUUUCUUGUCAUAGAGUCAAUUAACAUCUCUCACUGAAAGGUUGAGGGAUGAUUUUACUGGCCGUUUCAUAAUUUAAGCUUUUUUCAUUAUAACUAGUUACUAUUAUAUCAUAAAUAUGAACCACUAUUUGGACAAGUUACUGCUUGAUUGUGUGAUAUUGUUUUAUGAAGGUCUGACAUUGUACUGGGGCAUACAUAAUAGUUACACAUAGUCAUUUAUCAUUCUUUAUAUAGAACAUGUCUAGCUUCCAACUUGAACAGUGAAUAAUAUUUGAAGUUAGAAUGUCUCUGAAUUCUGUAUUAAAAAAACUACAGUUUAACAGUUUCUUAAAAACUCCACUUUGUGUGGGUUACCUGUAUCCAUGUGUGUUGUCACUCUGUAUAUUACACAGGUGUUUCAUGUGUUCACUGUGUAGAUCCACUAGCACUCCUGGGUUACCUGUAUCCACGUGUGUUGUCACUCUGUAUAUUACACAGGUGUUUCAUGUAUUCACUGUGUAGUCCACUAGCACACGUGGGUUACCUGUAUCCACGUGUGUUGUCACUGUAUAUUACACAGGUGUUUCAUGUGUUCACUGUGUAGAUCCACUAGCACACCUGGGUUACCUGUAUCCACGUGUGUUGUCACUGUAUAUUACACAGGUGUUUCAUGUAUUCACUGUGUAGAUCCACUAACACACCUGGGUUACCUGUAUCCACGUGUGUUGUCACUGUAUAUUACACAGGUGUUUCAUGUAUUCACUGUGUAGAUCCACUAACACACCUGGGUUACCUGUAUCCACGUGUGUUGUCACUGUAUAUUACACAGGUGUUUCAUGUAUUCACUGUGUAGAUCCACUAACACACCUGGGUUACCUGUAUCCACGUGUGUUGUCACUGUAUAUUACACAGGUGUUUCAUGUAUUCACUGUGUAGAUCCACUAACACACCUGGGUUACCUGUAUCCACGUGUGUUGUCACUGUAUAUUACACAGGUGUUUCAUGUAUUCACUGUGUAGAUCCACUAACACACCUGGGUUACCUGUAUCCACGUGUGUUGUCACUGUAUAUUACACAGGUGUUUCAUGUAUUCACUGUGUAGAUCCACUAACACACCUGGGUUACCUGUAUCCACGUGUGUUGUCACUGUAUAUUACACAGGUGUUUCAUGUAUUCACUGUGUAGAUCCACUAACACACCUGGGUUACCUGUAUCCACGUGUGUUGUCACUGUAUAUUACACAGGUGUUUCAUGUAUUCACUGUGUAGAUCCACUAACACACCUGGGUUACCUGUAUCCACGUGUGUUGUCACUGUAUAUUACACAGGUGUUUCAUGUAUUCACUGUGUAGAUCCACUAACACACCUGGGUUACCUGUAUCCACGUGUGUUGUCACUGUAUAUUACACAGGUGUUUCAUGUAUUCACUGUGUAGAUCCACUAACACACCUGGGUUACCUGUAUCCACGUGUGUUGUCACUGUAUAUUACACAGGUGUUUCAUGUGUUCAUUGUGUAGAUCCACUAACACACCUGGGUUACCUGUAUACACAUGUAUUGUUACUCUGUAUAUUACACAUGUGUUUCAUGUAUUCAAUGUGUAGAUCCACUAACACACCUGGGUUACCUGUAUCCACAUUGUGUGCAAAUUAACACAUGAUGUGAUAUUUCACUUAAACACUGUAUUUGAUUUAGUGCCAUUCACAUCAUGUGAGACCUUACUGUAAUCUACAUUAUGACAUUCUUUAAUAUAAUCCACAUCCUGUAAUACUUAAAGUUAUCAUUAUGGUGCGAUUUAAUAUAAUUGACCCAAUCCAUACCAUGGGAAACUUUUCUGUACUGUAAUCAAAACCAUCAGAUAUUUUGCUGUAAUGUAAUCCAGGUUACUAAAAUGUAAUGUAAUCCACACAAUGGGAUACUUUAAUGUAAUGUAAUCCACACCAUGGGAUACUUUUAUGUAAUGUAAUCCACACCAUGGGAUACUUUACUGUAUUAUAAUCCUCACCAUAGGAAAUGUAACUAUAAUGUAAUCCACAUCAUGGGAUACAAUACUGUAAUACAGUUAAGGACACUAUACUGUUAUCCACAUCAUGAGAUACUAUACCACAAUACAGUAUGGGAUACUAUACCACAAUACAGUAUUGGAUACUAUACCACAAUACAGUAUGAGAUACUAUACCACAAUACAGUAUGGGAUACUAUACCACACUGCAGUAUGGGAUACUAUACCACAAUACAGUAUGGGAUACUAUACCACACUGCAAUUUGGGAUACUUUACCACAAUAUAAUAUUGGAUAAUAUACCACAUUGCAGUAUGGGAUACUAUACCACAAUGCAGUAUGGGAUACUAUACCACAAUACAGUAUGGGAUACUAUACAACAAUACAGUAUGGGAUACUAUACCACACUGCAGUAUGGGAUACUAUACCACAAUAUAGUAUGGGAUACUAUACCACAAUACAGUAUGGGAUACUAUACCACAAUACAGUAUGGGAUACUAUACCACAAUGCAGUAUGGGAUAUUAAACUGUAAUCCAUCCUUUAGUAGAUUUAUGUAUGAUGAACCCACUUGGUGGAAAUAUUGUAAUUUUCCUAUUUCUAUUGUUAAGUGUAACUGUUAAGGUGUUGACCAGCACAAGUCCCCGACUACUAUGUACAGGUCGAGGAAGUUGACCUAUCCACACAUAUUCGCUAUAGAGCAAGGGCAGAGUGGCUCAAAUUGUCUGUUCGUAUGUGCUUGAUAAAGGCAUAUAACUCAAUUGAUUUAUUAAAAUGUCAUACAAAACCA